UUGACAAUAUAAAUAGCGGAGAAAACGUUUAGAUCAUGCGAGCUCAUCUCUUUGUUUCCAAAAGCAUCGAAAAUGGCGAUUUUGUUUUCGGCAUUGCAUAUGCAGUCGUAGACAAUCAAUCAAUUUCGAAUAUUGCGAUUAUAUACAUAUAUAAAUGUGUAUGCGUCGUGCACGGCUGUAUUUGCUUCGAUCGGUUUUAUCUCUCUAUCUCUAAAAGCUUUGGCGGUUUUCAGCAGCGUCGGCGAGUUUUUGACAUUUAGCAAUUUCGGAAUCAAGGAAUAGAAGUUUCAAAGUAGUGUAAUACAGAACUGAUUAGGAAUACACAUUGUACCAAGAUGUUUGGCAGAUGAGAUUAUGAUGUCAUUAUGAUGGAAGUUGCCUGGGGAGUUGCGUGUAAUUUACCUCUUAAGCAGAGGAAAACUACUUGAUGGAUUCAGCCAAAAGUUGGUUCCACAAGUUUCAGCAAAGAGACCGUUUGAGGACAUUGAGGACAGUGAGUAGGAACAAAGACUCAAUGGGUAGUGCAAGAGAAGAACCACCAGCAGACUUACUUGCUGAUGAUGAAGCCUCAACUCUCACAAAACAGAAGGUGGCUGCUGCAAAGCAGUACAUUGAAAAUCAUUACAAGGAGCAAAUGAGAAAUCUUCAGGAAAGGAGGCAGCGGCGAAAUGUGCUUGAAAAGAAGCUAGCUGAUGCUGAUGUAUCUGAGGAAGAUCAAAAUAACUUAUUAAAAUUUUUGGAGAAGAAAGAAACUGAAUACAUGCGCCUUCAGAGGCACAAAAUGGGUGCCGAUGACUUUGAGUUGCUCACUAUGAUUGGGAAAGGUGCUUUUGGUGAGGUUAGAGUCUGUAGAGAGAAGACGACAGGUUGUGUAUAUGCAAUGAAAAAGCUUAAGAAAUCAGAAAUGCUUCGUAGAGGCCAGGUUGAACAUGUGAAAGCUGAAAGGAAUCUGCUUGCAGAGGUGGAUAGCAAUUGCAUUGUCAAAUUGUAUUGCUCUUUCCAAGAUGACGAGUAUUUGUAUCUUAUCAUGGAAUAUCUUCCGGGUGGAGAUGUGAUGACUUUAUUAAUGAGGAAGGAUACAUUGACUGAGGAUGAGGCCAGAUUUUAUGUAGCAGAGACAGUUUUGGCUAUUGAAUCUAUUCAUAAACACCACUAUAUACAUAGAGACAUUAAGCCUGAUAACUUACUACUUGAUAGGCAUGGUCAUUUAAGAUUAUCAGAUUUUGGCCUGUGCAAGCCUCUAGACUGCAGUACUCUAAAAGAAGAUUUUGCAGUUGGAGACGGCGUUAAUGGAAAUUCAAAAGGUGAGGAUAGCUCAGCUCCAAAACGCACGCAACAAGAGCAAUUGCAACAUUGGCAGAAAAAUCGGAGAAUGCUUGCUUAUUCAACUGUUGGUACACCCGAUUAUAUUGCUCCAGAAGUUCUGUUAAAGAAGGGCUAUGGAAUGGAAUGUGAUUGGUGGUCCCUUGGUGCUAUCAUGUUUGAAAUGCUUGUGGGUUAUCCUCCCUUUUAUUCUGAUGAUCCUAUGACUACGUGCCGGAAGAUAGUGAACUGGAAAUCACAUCUAAAGUUUCCAGAGGAAGCUACACUUACUUUUGAAGCAAAAGACCUGAUAAGCAAACUACUAUGUAGUGUUAAUCAGAGGCUUGGUUCAAAUGGUGCAGAUGAAAUAAAGGUGCAUCCUUGGUUUAACGGGAUUGAAUGGGAUAACAUAUACAAUAUGGAAGCAGCAUUUAUUCCCGAGGUUAAAGAUGAGCUGGAUACCCAAAAUUUUGAGAAGUUUGAAGAGGCUGAACACCACACCUCAACUUCAUCAAAAUCUAGUCCAUGGAGAAAGAAUAUGCUUUCUUCCAAAGACAUCAACUUUGUGGGGUACACAUACAAGAACUUUGAAAUUGUGAAUGACUUCCAAGUUCCUGGAAUGGCUGAACUGAAGAAGAAAAAUACGAAGUCAAAGAGGCCAACAAUCAAAUCACUUUUUGAUGAUGAGUCGGAAGCAUCUGAGACUGGUGGCAGCCAAUAAAAUGACACCCUUAUGUAUGUCACUUUCUCAUUCCUCUCAAAGAAAUGGCAUGACAAGACAGACGAAUAUGGUUGAUCUCUCUCUCUCACCUUCAUGGUUCAACAGAUGUGGAUUUGCUUGCAUUCAAGUUACUGCUCUUUCGUCUUCAACGAAUAUAGAGUUUGGUAGGUUACAGAGAGGGAAAAAGAUUUCGAGUGGCUCGUUGCUUUGCUGCCCUCAACCUUUUUCUUUACAUAAAGCAGAGAUCAUUGAUUGACUCAUUUGUAGGAUUUUUUUCUUGUUGUCAACCUUUCCGGGAACCACAGCGUAUUGCAUGUAGAAUACAGAAUGACCAAUUUCUUGUUGAAACUCUAUAAAAGUUAGUAACAAAUUGUUGCUUCCGAGA